AUGGUUUUGUAUAUUGAUAACUUCCUCUGUCACUGUUUCACAGGCCUUGAGGCCCUGCACGUCAUACUGACCAUGGGUCAGAUUCUGACGUAGGGAGUUAUGCCUUUCCUCCACACACUAGUGGUGCGCGGGUCAGUGGUUUGUUCACCCGCUCCCGCCCGCAAUUGCUAAUAACCCAUCCGCAACCGCCCGACUAUAUUUGAUAAAGUGAAAAUCUGAUGCCCGCACCCGACCCUAACCCACUAAUAUACAAAAUGUGCUACAGGCUACAAUCAGAGACUGCAGAAUACGUUUUUGACAGGGGGUGCAGGAUAUUUUUUUGUUGUUGCCUGAUUUAGAUAUGUUUCUGCUUAUAAUUUCCAACAUUUUGGUAGGCUAUGUGGUUAGUCAACUUGUCUAUAAUUAGAUACAUGUAGCUUCUCUUUUGUCAUUAUAUGUUGCCCUUGGAGACUAAAUAAACCCUUGCUCAACAGAAUCAUGUAAUAGAUCGAUAGAAUGAAGAGCUUCCAUCUAGUUGACAUCGGUAAAGUUUUCUCUGUCAUCUCUGCUUCUUUCUCGGAACAAAGACUUUUAGGGACCGAGGUAAAAAUGCAAUAAUUCUUUAAAGAUUUGAACGAUUUUCUGUGCAAAAUGUCCAGUUUCACCGGUUGUAGGGAAAUAGAAAGUUGUGAAAACGACCCAACAUGUUUCUGAUAAGAUUUCAGUUUUGCUUGGAUGCAUAUUUUAUGUGUUUGAAAUACUAUGAGCUUUUAUGAGGCUGAUAAAGACGGCACGUCUACAGACGGUACACUACAUGACCAAAAGUAUGUGGACACCCCUUCAAAUGAGUGGAUUCGGCUAUUUCAGCCACACCCGUUGCUGACAGGUGUAUAAAAUCGAGCACACCGCCAUGCAAUCUCCACAGACAAACAUUGGCAGUAGAAUGGCCCGUACUGAAGAGCUCAGUGACUUUCAACGUGGCACCGUCAUAGGAUGACACCUUUCCAACAAGUCAGUUUGUAAAAUUUCUGCCCUGCUAGAGCUGCCCCGGUAAACUGUAAGUGCUGUUAUUGUGAAGUGGUAACAUCUAAGAGCAACAACGGCUCAGCCGAAAGUGGUAGGUCACACAAGCUCACAGAACGGGACCGCCGAGUGCUGAAGCGUGUAGCUCGUAAAAAUCAUCUGUCCUUGGUUGCAACACUCACAACACUCACUACCGACUGCCUCUGGAAGCAAUGUCAGCACAAGAACUGUUAGUCGGAAGCUUCAUGAAAUGGGUUUCCAUGGCUGACCAGCCACACACAAGCCUAAGAUAACCAUAUGCAAUGCCAAGCGUCGGCUGGAGUGGUGUAAAGCUUGCCAACAGUGGAAGCGCGUUCUCUGGAAUGAUGAAUCACGCUUCACCAUCUGGCAGUCCGAUGGACUAAUCUGGGUUUGGCGGAUGCCAGGAGAACGCUACCUGCCCGAAUGCAUAGUGCCAACUGUAAAGUUUGGUGGAGGAGGAAUAAUGGUCUGGGGCUGUUUUUCAUGGUUCGGGCUAGGCCCCUUAGUUCCAGUGAAGGGAAAUCUUAACGCUACAGCAUACAAUGAUAUUCUAGACGAUUCAGUGCUUCCAACUUUGUGGCAACAGUUUGGAGAAGGCUAUUUCCUGUUUCAGCAUGACAAUGUCCCCCUGCUUGAAGUAAAUAAUAUAAUAUAAUAAUAAUAAUAUGCCAUUUAGCAGACGCUUUUAUCCAAAGCGACUUACAGUCAUGCGUGCAUACAUUUUUUUUUUUGUGUAUGGGUGGUCCCGGGGAUCGAACCCACUACCUUGGCGUUACAAGCGCCGUGCUCUACCAGCUGAGCUACAGAGGACCACGUAAAGUCCAUACAGAAAUGGUUUGUCGAGAUCGGUCUGGAAGAACUUGACUGGCCUGCACAGAGCCCUGACCUGAACCCCAUCUAACACCUUUGGGAUAAUUUGGAACACCCAACAUCCGUGCCCGACCUCACUAAUUCUCUUGUGGCUAAAUGGAAGCAAGUCCCUGCAGCAAUGUUCCAACAUCUAGUGGAAAGCCUUCCCAGAAGAGUGGAGGCUGUUAUAGCAGCAAAGGGGGGGGGGACCAACUCCAUAUUAAUGCCCAUGAUUUUGGAAUGAGAUGUUCGACGAGCAGGUGUCCACAUUCUUUUGGCCAUGUUAGUGUAUCUAACUGCGCAUUCGCACCAAGAUGCUGAAAGAAAUAAAUCAUAUUUCUCCAUCCUCUUCCCAAGUCAAAAUGUAGCUUACAUUUGGUGUAGGCCUAUCGUUUUACUGCAAGAACUUCUGCAGGAGUAAAUAUUGAGGCUAUGCGAGAGGUUAUAGACCUACAGUCAGUGUCCAGAUGUCAAUUUCCAUUGAACCCAUCAGAAUAGUAGACAACAGUUCAUUUGACACGCCAUAGGCCUAUUUGAAGUCCCCAUCUUGUGACUUGUAUAGCGCCUCACAAUCAUCACACCUAACAUAGCUAAAUGGCUAAAUGCUAUCAUCCUCUUUUACCACUUCACCUAAUCCUUCCCAAACAUUAGGCUACUUCUCUGGGCCUCCCUACUUUUAUAUUUAACUCUCCAUUCCGCAGCUUUUCACUUAUUUAAUUAAACUCCGACAUUGUUCUUUUUCCCCUCUGUGGGACGGCAUUAAACUCCGACAUUGUCCUUUUUCCCCUCUGUGGAUCGGCAUUAACUUUUUCUGCUCUUCCCAAAAGCGUUUGACAAUUGGCACGUCGGUUAUUUGGCGCUCUUGGCGCGCAUACAGUUGGGCCCUAAAGUUUAGGCUUACGCACUAAUAAUGCCUGGUAGCCUACAAUAAUGAAAGAAAAACCUCAAUGUAGCCUAUAGAUAUAAAUUGCACAAGAAUGAUACAUUUAUGGAUUUUUUUCUCUUUAUUCAACCCGCUCGCCACCCACCCGCCCUUCAUCCACACAAUAUUCCAUCAUCCUAAACCGACCCGCCCCGCGGAUAACGCGGGGAGUGCGGAAUAUGAGUCAACCCCCGCAUCACUAACGCACGCCUUUCCUACUCACUUCUCAGUAGUUCGUAUUCGGAUGUUGGAACAUUGCUGCGGGGACUGUUAUAGCAGCCACAAGAGCAUUAGUGAGGUCGGGCACGGAUGUUGGGCGAUCCAAAUGAAGGUGCGUACUUAACGGGUUUUUGCAGGUGUGGUUCCCUAGCGCUUGCUGAAUAAAUAAAUGUAGGCCUAAUUCAACCGCUGAAAACCCUCCCACUUGCUGGCCAACAGAUUUUUCUCGUGGAGUUUUCAUUCAAUAGGGUUUUCAGUAUGGACAUGUAGUGUAUAUAGAAUUAGAAUAGGGAGAAUAGUGUACAAUAGUAGGCUAUGCCCUCGUCUAUUGCCUGCACUAACCAUGGAACUGUGUGACGACACAAUCAACUAUUUCCCCACGUGUCGGGCUCAAACUGUUACGGCUUGGUCUGCCCUCCGCUCCGUAACGAUUUAAUUAGCUUAAAUGCCCCUGGCAUAACGUAGUUUCUCUGGUCCCAGGCAAGGUAUGUACUGCUGAUCGCUGUCCAUGGUGCUGGAAUUGCGACACGUCUAUGCGGCUGAAUGCCUAUCGAAUCAUUUACGUCAUUUAGCAGACGCUCUUAUCCUAUCAUCCUUAAUCGAUGAUAGGAUUUCUGUGGUGCCAGGGCUUAACUUAGCUUUAGCUAAUGGAUAAAUGUUUAUUGACCUAUUUGGUCGUCAUUUUCUCUUAAAGCCUAACAUUUUCACGAAGGUUUUUUUAUUUUUUUAUUUCACCUUUAUUUAACCAGGUAAGCCAGUUGAGAACAGGUUCUCAUUUACAACUGCGACCUGGCCAAGAUAAAGCAAAGUAGUGCAAUAAAAACAACACAGAGUUACAUAUGGGGUAAAAAACAUAAAGUCAGAAAUACAACAGAAAAUAUAUAUACAGUGUGUGCAAAUGUAGCAAGUUAUGGAGGUAAGGCAAUAAAUAGGCUAUAGUGCAGAAUAAUUACAAUAGUAUUAACACUGGAAUGCUAGAUGUGCAAGAGAUUAUGUGCAAAUAGAGAUACUGGGGUGCAAAAGAGCAAAAUAAAUAACAAUAUAGGGAUGAGGUAGUUGGGUGGGCUAAUUUCAGAUGGGCUGUGUACAGGUGCAGUGAUCGGUAAGGUGCUCUGACAACUGAUGCUUAAAGUUAUUGAGGGAGAUAAGAGUCUCCAGCUUCAGAGAUUUUUGCAAUUCGUUCCAGUCAUUGGCAGCAGAGAACUGGAAGGAAUGGCGGCCAAGGGAGGUGUUGGCUUUGGGAAUGACCAGUGAGAUAUACCUGCUGGAGCGCAGACUACGGGUGGGUGCUGCUAUGGUGACCAAUGAGCUAAGAUAAGGCGGGGAUUUGCCUAGCAGUGAUUUAUAGAUGGCCUGGAGCCAGUGGGUUUGACGACGAACAUGUAGUGAGGACCAGCCAACAAGAGCGUACAGGUCACAGUGGUGGGUAGUGUAUGGGGCUUUGGAGACAAAACGGAUGGCACUGUGAUAGACUACAUCCAAUUUGCUGAGUAGAGUGUUGGAGGCUAUCAUUUUGUCGCAAUGCUGCCAUUUUUAGACUGUUGGCAAUAUUGUUCAGUAAUUCAAGUUGGAAAUUCCAACAUGGCAGAUUGUGAAAUACAUGUUCGAUGCAAAAGCAGACUAAUCAGCAACCAAUUGAUUUAAAGCUCUCUCCCAGCUUGUAUAGGGCUGUAGAGGGCGGCAGGUAGUUUAGUGGUUAAGAGCGAAAGGUCGCUGGUUCUAAUCCCCGAGCCGACUAGGUGAAAAAUCUGUCGAUGUGCCCUUGAGCAAGGCACUUAACCCUAAUUGCUCCUGUAAGUCGCUCUGGAUAAGAGCGUCUGCUAUAUUAAUAUAAAUAUUGAAAUGUAAAACCAGUCUAUUAAUGGCAAAUAAUACAGUCAGUCCACCCUCAAAACACUCUCUUACUAGGGAUUGUUUCAUUAUGCAGUGUACUAUCUAUAAAAAUAAAAAAAAGACACAUCAAAUAGCCUAACAAUGAGGGGGAAAGUAGUCCGUUUGAGGAUAAAUUCAGCCACUAUUUAUUGUUGAAUUCCGCGGGUUUUUGUCUGGCUAAUAGCCUUAACAAAUGGGCUAAAUUAACCCUCCCGUUGUCCUAGGGUCAAAAUGACCCGCCACUGUGGUUACCAACUUGAUAUUUAAUUUUUAUAUUUUUGAAUCAUUUUGUGAGAAGGCGGCAGUGAUACUUUCUUUAACGUCUCACUGCCUCCUUCUCACAAAUGAUCCCAUAAAUAUAAAAAUUAAAAUAAUUUGGUUCAACACAGUGGCUGGUCAUUUUGACCCUAUGAACAACUGAGGGUUAAGGUAAAUUAGGUAAAUUAAAUUAAAUCAAAUUAAAUCCACCAGGGCCUGUAAGUCUAGGUUGCGGACUCAACUGUUUUCUAUGCUGAGUAUUUGCAAACCCAGACAGUUUUUCCUGAGACAUGGCAUUAUAUGUCCAUUGCGCUGCACACAAUUUAAACUUUGUCUUGGAUGAUGCAUGCCAAGAUAUAAAACGCCGGUUCACCAGUAGCCUAUGAACGAAAUCACAAACAGAUUUUUUGUUCAAGCCCACAAUAACUGUUAUCUGCUAAAGAUGCUGUUCUGUUUGCAUCUGCAUCUGUGGCAUUUUAGUCAUUUAGCAGACGAUCUUAUCUUAUUUAGCGACUUCCAGAAAAUAUGAGGUAAGCUCCCAGCAGAGCCCCAAGUCCAAUGGGUAUAUCCUCUGGUGUGUUGAUAUUAAUGUGUUGAUGUUCUCCGUAUCCAUAGCCAGAAUGAUUUUGCAGUGCAUGGUGAUCGAACAGGUUUCCUGUUAUAUUCAUCAGAGGUGUAGGGAGCGUGAAGUCUGUGAAUCCAAAAAAUAGUAAUUAUACAGAUGUUUAACGAAACAUGCACACAACAGUAUUCAUACCUUGGUUUUUGUGGUAAAUGUGAAUGAAAUAAUGGUUUUCAUGCACAUACCUUGUCCAUAAUGUAGAGGCCUAUGGGAUUUUCAUUGAAGACGUAAGGGGGGAGGAUGGUACAUGUGAUCUGCAUAACAUAACAUAGCAAUCCCCUUCUGUAACCUCAAUAGACACAAGACCUUUCUAUGCCUCCUCGUCUGUAAACCUGCAGACACAGACACAAAGACCUUUCUAUGCCUCCUCGUCUGUAAACCUGCAGACACAGACACAAAGACCUUUCAAUGCCUCCUCGUCUGUAAACCUGCAGACACAGACACAAAGACCUUUCUAUGCCUCCUCGUCUGUAUACCUGCAGACACAGACACAAAAGUGAGCAGUUCAUUCAUCUGCACCAAAUACAGCUAGCCUUGAACAUAUUCUUAUAGCAUUCAUAUUCUUACCUCUUUGUUGAUUGAUAUCCAUUGAAUUGUGUCCAUUUUCUGUUUUAGAAAGAUUGGCACAAAUAUGAAAAGAUAGAUGGUAUCAUCAUAAAACAAUAUCAAUUUAGAUCAUACAAGGGACAAACCUUACCUGAAAUUGAGGAGAUCUAAAAAAAAAUAAAAAAUAAAAAUCCUGUCCUUUCAAAUCCAAAUGUUUCAGUUGGGCAGUUAGGUUCCUGCAAGAACCCCCACCAACUAAGGAGGUUCCUCGAUGAACCCCACCUCCUAUGGGAUUCUUGGAAGAACCAUUUGGGGGCAAUUUUCAGUGCCAAGAACCCUAAGGUUCUUCGAAGAACUUUGAGGAUCUUAGAAGAACCCUUGUUGAACCCCUAGGCUCUCCGUCUGAUAUGCGCUUUUGAACACCUGAGUAAGCUCCACUCGUUGCCCUGGCGCCGUCGUUGCCUUGACAACGGCAUUUGUUCACUGACAUCCCCUUAUACAUUCAAUCAGUUUAUUUGUUAUUUUUCACCUUUCCAGUCACAUUCCUGAAGCCCAAUAAACAAACACUUAGCUCCCUAGUACAUAUGGACAUUAAAAAGGUUUAUGAAUGACUUUUUGGAGGGUUAGUCUCAAAGUGAUUUAUUCAAUAAAUAAAAAAUUGACAUCGAUGACAGGCGCUUGGGCAGCCAGAGCUCGUGGGCCCCUGCGGGGGUUUCCGGUACGCCAGUGCUUACACGUCUUUUCGUUACAUUAUCAACUGUUACUAAUGACCCUCAGCAAUAACCACACGGCUACGACGGCGUUUACAGAGGAAGCAAAUGAAGGUAAACGAAACAAUGGAAUGAUAAUGUAGACUAUACCAACUGAAGGGAACUAACAGUAAAUUGGCAGUUGAAUAUGUGUGUUUAUUAGGCCUACUGACGGUCGAUACUGACAGUGGCUAAUAUUUAACAUGAUAGAAAUAGGAAACAGCGAAAGUCGGGGUAGCCUAUAAUUAUGAGGGAAUGAAGUCAAGGUCAGAAUACGGCGUAUCUGUAGACACACCUCCGCCACACCUUCAUUUAUUCUAUCUCCACCCCCAACGAAUAGCGCGUGAAUAACACGCUAUUCUCAUGCUUAAGUCGAAGGUCAGAAUAGGCAUAGAGAGAAAAGUGCAUAAAAAGGGUAUAACUCUCCAUUUACAAGCGCUUGACUAGGGUUUGAAUCGGGGCCCACAUGAAUGCCAGAGACCCCAUUUCACAUAGUUUGUUUUUGUUUGUGUGCAGGUCUGGGGUAAAUCCAUUUUCAAUUCAGCCAAUUCCAAUUUCAGUGUACUUCCUGAAUGAAUUGAACCCUGUAUCUUGGUCUGUGUCUCCUGAAUGAAUUGAACUCUGUAUCUUGGUCUGUGUCUCGUGAAUGAACUGAACUCUGUAUCUUGGUCUGUGUCUCCUCAAUGAACUGAACCCUGUAUCUUGGUCUGUGUCCUGUCACCUCCCGUCUCAUCACCCGAUGUCUCUCAGUCUGCACAGUUUCUCCUGACCCUGUGUCUAUAAAAGAGAACAGCACAGUGGACCUUCUAGUAGCCACCAUCAACUGCGGUGAUGAUGUUCAGCUGACCAUCACAGAGAACCCCGAGGAUGCUUUCUACCUGCGGGGGACGGACCUCAUCGCCAAGAGAGGACUGGACUUUGAGGUGAGCUCAGGGGGCAAUGUAUCAAGCUGAUCUAGGAUCCGUUUUGCUUUGUAGAAUACAAAAGACUACAAGCAGGCGGGACCUUAUCGUAGAUCAGUACUCCUACUCUGAGACGCUUUAUCAAUACAGCCUCAGAACAAAACAUUUAUAGCAUUUUUAAUAGCAUGUCACUAAGUGCAUUUACUUUCAAAAUGUGUUCUUCUUGGACAAGUUCAGGUAGUGUUGUGGAGAUCUGGCUGCAUGGCAACUGCAAAGUAGUUGGCCUGGAACAAUGACCGUGAACUGACUCAGUUAUGGGGUUCGAAGGUCAUUUUUCCAUUGACAAAAAAGGGUGAAAAGAAAGUUCACCUCGUUGGAGACGAGGGACUGUUGCCGUUUUGCAUUCUGUCUUGAUAUGAAAUGACUGCUGCUGUUUUGCGUUUGUUUCCCAGUCCCUGCCCAGUGUGGACGAUGCUCUGUGGGUCCGGGUGCGCUGCAACAGAACUGGCUCCAGAUCAGUGAGUAGUAGUGAUGACGGGCCUCAUGGUCACGGGGCAGCGGUAGUCAUGGGUUACGUCCCAAUGACAGUCCAAACCAUAUGUCUGCUCUGAAGCUGUGGGCGAAGAACAAUGUGUCCAAUAUCACAUCAAAUCUCCAACUCUAAAAAAAUAAAAUAAAGUAGACUCUAUCGAAUGUUUUGCUGCUUUUAAACGCAAACUAACGAUUGAUUCACUCUGUUCCUAAGGUGAACGUGUCUGUUGAAGUUUUCAUUGAAAAUGUGAACGACAAUCCUCCGAAACUUCGCUCAGAGUCAUUAUGUUCUCCAGGUGAACGAGGUGAGACCCCCCCUUCCAUCUACUAUAUAUCUUAUAACAUCGGACACUUAAUCUGUGGGCCUAAAAAAAUAGAAUGGUGAUUAUGUUACGAUGACAAUAGUAAUAAAUUCAUACAAAACCACAUCGGUUUGUAUGAAUAAACGUUCCACAUUGGCACAUUUCCACGAAGCAACGUUUUCUGUAGAACGACGUGUUUGAUUGUGAGCCCUCUGUCCCAUAGCUGACUCCUGUGAACACCAGUGUUGGUCUGAUCGAGGCAACAGACAUUGACUCUGAGCCCCUGUACUACCGUUUAGAGCCAGUCACGGUGAGACCCUCCCUCCGUCGCUAACGAACAAUAUCACUGAUAUUGAUGCUGAUAUUGAUGCUGUGUUGAUGCUGCUGGUCUUGUUUCAGGUCUCUCGUGAAAAAUAGUUAUUUUUUUUAUUUUUUUUAAUCUCAAUGAGACUAACCUGGUUAAAUAAAGGUUCAAUCAAAUCAUUGCUCGGGAGUUAGAAGAUUAAACAGACACGUGUCAUUAUUUGUGUCACCAGAACAGGUAUCUACGACUGGAGAAUGCCAACACCCCCAACAUACUGGUGCAAAACACCAUUGACUACGACUCCGUCCAAAAGAUCUCCCUUGUCUUACAUGUGCAGGUAUACUGUCGUUUUUUCAUGUACAGGUAAUACAUUUUGCACUCUGUUUUUGUCAAACGGGUAUUCAAAGUAUUCAACAAAUACACUAUAAUCUGUAAAAUAACAUCAUCCUAUAUCAGAGAACCAGUAUCUCCUGUCCUCAGCUCAAUGCCCGUUGACCUUCCUUGACAAUCUAUUAAUACCAUUUCCCAGGACACGUACAACAUUUCUGAGUCUGGCGAGCCUUCGUUCACUGCCGUGGUGACCAUCACGGUUAACGUGAAGGACAUUGACAACCGUCCACCGUGGUUCCAGCCCUGUGUUAGAACCAACUUGGGGACAGCCAAACUGUGUGUCAGCUCCGGCUACAGGGCAAAGGUCAACCUCACAGAGAAAGAGGUCCGUGUUAUCUGUGUAACUUCACAGAGAGAGGUUCUUCUUCUUCUUCUUGUUAAGGUUGCAUCAUCAGUCCACAUGAUACAUCUUGUAGAAGGGCGACAUCCACUUGUAGAGUAACUUCUAGUGUAUUUUAGUAAUCGGGGUGCGUUUGAUUUAGCUUGGAGUUUUCACUUUUGGAACUAUUCAAUUGGUUCCAUUAAACAGGGCAAACUAAACCAAGUGCAGCUCAAGUAUUUCACAUAUUUUGACCCAGGUCUGUUGUUGUCCACAGGAUGGGCCUUUAUCUCUGGAGCCUGGUCCGUUAUACGCCAAGGAUGGAGACAGAAACAGGAGUGAGCUGAUCAGCUAUAGGAUACUCAGAGGUACAACAGGUCUUUGCUGUUAUCUCCACAGUAAUCUAGUUUUGCUGUCAUCGCCACAGUAAUCUAGUUUUGCUGUUAUCUCCACAGUAAUCUAGUUUUGCUGUUCUCCCCACAGUAAUCUAGUUUUGCUGUUCUCCCCACAGUAAUCUAGUUUUGCUGUUUUCCCCACAGUAAUAUAGUUUUGCUGUUCUCCCCACACUAAGAUGAGGUUUCCCCAAAAAUAUAAACUUGUUUAUUUUUUUACCUUACGAAGAUUGAAACAUUGUCAAUAAAGGUGGUAAUUGGGAGCAUAUACAAUGUGAGGGACUUCCUGUUCUCUUUACGUUAUCAGCCGGGCACCAACGUUUUUUUAAAGGAUGUGCGUAUGACCACAAACUUUUCCAUAUCUUAAAAAUAUAUCAUACAUGAUCAAAUAUCAUCAUACUUCUUUCUCCUCUGUAUCACAUAACACACUGAUAUUAACUUCAUGGUUUGUGUAUCUUUCCCUGGCAGGAAAUGAAGGCAGCAUCUUCCAGAUCGAUGAGGAGACGGGGAACAUCUCCAUGGUCAAAGCCGCAGACAUCGCAGGCCCAAUAACCCUCACUGUCCUGGUAAAGAGAUAUAUUUUCAAUCUGUAUUUCCAUCCGUGUACUCAAUUUCUUCUUUUAGCAUUUAGUCGAUUGAAAGCUAUGAUUGUGUUCAACAUUGAAAUUGAUCUUCAGAUCAUGUGUAAUUUCGAAUUGCAAAUGAUGAUGAAUGAGAUGUAUUUUCUUGCUAGAACAUAAUUUUGGGUUUCAGAACCAAUUGAAUAAACAUAUAGUUCAUACAGUAUUUUAUAGACUUCUAGAAUAUAUUAAAAAAUACAUUGUGGCGGCAUGAUCUUAUUCCAAUUGAGUUUGAGAAGAAUUUUAAUUUCUGAUACGGUCAUCUAGAAACCCAGAACCAAACCUUGCGUGCGCUGGUCAUGCUAUUUGAUAUUUCUAUUAAGAGUCUGUCACAGGAGACUACAGAUACAAUGACUAGACUACCUCCCUCUACUAGACGACCUCCCUCUACUAGACUACCUCCCUCUACUAGACUACCUCCCUCUACUAGACGACCUCCCUCUACUAGACUUACCUCCCUCUACUAGACUACCCUCCCUCUACUAGACUACCUCCCCUCUACAUAGACGACCCUCCCUCUACUAGACCCUAACCUCCCUCUACUAUACGACCUCCCUCUACUAGACUUAUCCUCCCUCCUACUAGACGAUACCUCCCAUCUACUAGACUACCUCCGCUCUACUAGACCAAUUACCUCCCUCUACUAGACUGUAACCUCCCUCUACUGACUACCUACCCUCUAACUAGACCUACCUCCCUCUACUAGACUACCUCCCUCUACUAGAACGAACCUCCCUCUACUAGAAAACCUACCCUCGACUAGACUAUCCCGUCCCUCUACUAGACGACCUCCCUCUACUAGACGACCUCCCUCUACUAGACGACCUCCCUCUACUAGACGACGCCCUCUACUAGACUAUAACCUUCCCUCUACUUAGACGAACCUCCCUCUAACUAGACUACCUCCCUCUACGAGACUACCCUCCCUCUACUAGACUACCUCUACUAGACUACCUCCCUCUACUAGACGACCCCCUCUACUAGACAACCUCCCUCUACUAGACGACCUCCCUCUACUAGACGACCUCCCUCUACUAGACUACCUCCCUCUACUAGACGACCUCCCUCUACUAGACUACCUCCCUCUACUAGACGACCUCCCUCUACUAGACUACCUCUACUAGACUACCUCCCUCUACUAGACUACCUCCCUCUACUAGACUACCUCCCUCUACUAGACGACCUCCCUCUACUAGACUACCUCCCUCUACUAGACGACCUCCCUCUACUAGACUACUCCCUCUACUAGACUACCUCCCUCUACUAGACGACCUCCCUCUACUAGACUACCUCUUACUAGACACCUCCCUCUACUAGACUACCUCCCUCUACUAGACUACCUCCCUCUACUAGACACUCCCUCUACUAGACUACCUCCCUCUACUAGACGACCUCCCUCUACUAGAUCCUAACACUCCCUUACUAGACUACCUCCCUCUACUAGACUACCUCCCUCUACUAGACUACCUCCCUCUACUAGACUACCCCCUCUACUAGACGACCUCCCUCUACUAGACUACCUCCCUCUACUAGACUCCCCCUCCCUUACUACUCCCUACUAGACUACCUCUACUAGACACCUCCCUCUACUAGACUACCUCCCUCUACUAGACUACCUCCCUCUACUAGACUACCUCCCUCUACUAGACGACCUCCCUCUACUAGACUACCUCCUUACUAGACGACCUCCCUCUACUAGACUACCUCCCUUACUAGACUACCUCCCUCUACUAGAGACCUACCUCUACUAGACUACCUCCCUCUACUAGACUACCUCCCUCUACUAGACUACCUCCCUCUACUAGACUACCUCCUUACUAGACUACCUCCCUCUACUAGACGACCUCCCUCUACUAGACUACCUCCCUCUACUAGACUACUCCCUCUACUAGACUACCCUACUAGACUACCUCCUCUACUAGACUACCUCCCUCUACUAGACUACCUCCCUCUACUAGACUCCUCCCUACUAGACUACCUCCCUCUACUAGACUACCUCCCUCUACUAGACUACCUCCCUCUACUAGACACCUCCCUCUACUAGACUACCUCCCUCUACUAACUAGACUACCUCUACUAGACUACCUCCCUCUACUAGACUACCUCCCUCUACUAGACUACCUCCCUCUACUAGACUACCUCCCUCUACUAGACUACCUCCUCUACUAGACCUCCCUCUACUAGACUACCUCCCUCUACUAGACGACCUCCCUCUACUAGACUACCUCCCUCUACUAGACUACCUCUACUAGACUACUCCCUCUACUAGACUACCUCCCUCACUAGACUACCUCCCUCUACUAGACACCUCCCUCUACUAGACUACCUCCCUCUACUAGACUACCUCCCUCUAACUAGACCCUCCCUCUACUAGACCCUCCCUCUACUAGACUACCUCCCUCUACUAGACUACCUACCUCUACUAGACUACCUCCCUCUACUAGACUACCUCCCUCUACUAGACUACUCCCUCUACUAGACUACCUCCCUCUACUAGACACCUCCCUCUACUAGACUACCUCCCUUACUAGACUACCUCCCUCUACUAGACUACCUCCCUCUACUAGACUACCUCCCUCACUAGACUACCUCUACUAGACUACCUCCCUCUACUAACUACCUCUACUAGACACUCCCUCUAAGACUAGCCCCUUACUAGACUACCUCCCUCUACUAGACUACCUCCUCUUAUAGACAUCACGACUACCUCCCUCUACUAGACUACCUCUACUAACUACCCCCUUACUAGACUACCUCCCUCUACUAGACUACCUCCUCUACUAGACACCUCCCUCACUAGACUCCUCUACUAGACUACCUCCCUCUACUAGACUACCUCCCUCUACUAGACCUCCUCUACUAGACUACCACUCCCUCUACUAGACUACCUCCCUCUACUAGACUACCUCCCUCUACUAGACUACCUCCUGCUACUAUUGACUAACCUCCUCUACUAGACUACCUCCCUCUACUAGACUACCCCCCUCUACUAGACUACCUCCCUCUACUAGACUACCUCCCUCUACGACUACCUCCCUCUACUAGACUACCUCCCUUACUAGACUACCUCCCUCUACUAGACUACUCCCUCUACUAGACUACCUCCCCUACUAACUACUAACUAGACCUCCCUCUCUAGACUACCUCCUCUACUAGACUACCUCCCUCUACUAGCUACUACCUCUACUAGACUACCUCCCUCUACUAGACUACCUCUACUAGACUACCUCCCUCUACUAGACCUCUAUACACUCCCUCUACUAGACUACCUCCCUCUACUAGACUACCUCCCUCUACUAGACUACCUCCCUCUACUAGACUACCUCCCUCUACUAGACUACCUCCCUCUACUAGACUACCUCCCCUCUACUAGACUACCUCCCUCUACUAGACUACCUCUACUAGACUACCUCCCUCUACUAGACUACCUCUACUAGACUACCUCCCUCUACUAGACUACCUCCCUCUACUAGACUACCUCCCUCUACUAGACUACCUCCCUCUACUAGACUACCUCUACUAGACUACCUCCCUCUACUAGACUACCUCCCUCUACUAGACUACCUCCCUCUACUAGACUACCUCCCUCUUCUAGACUACCUCCCUCUACUAGACUACCUCCCUCUACUAGACUACCUCUACUAGACUACCUCCCUCUACUAGACUACCUCCCUCUACUAGACUACCUCUACUAGACUACCUCCCUCUACUAAACUACCUCCCUCUACUAGACUACCUCUACUAGACUACCUCCCUCUACUAGACUACCUCCCUCUACUAGACUACCUCUACUAGACUACCUCCCUCUACUAGACUACCUCCCUCUACUAGACUACCUCUACUAGACUACCUCUACUAGACUACCUCCCUCUACUAGACUACCUCCCUCUACUAGACUACCUCCCUCUACUAGACUACCUCCCUCUACUAGACCCUCCCUCUACUAGACUACCUCCUCUACUAGACUACCUCCCUCUACUAGACUACCUCCCUCUACUAGACCACCUCCCUCUACUAGACUACCUCCCUCUACUAGACUACCUCUACUAGACUACCUCUACUAGACGACCUCCCUCUACUAGACUACCUCCCUCUACUAGACUACCUCCCUCUACUAGACUACCUCCCUCUACUAGACGACCUCCCUCUACUAGACUACCUCCCUCUACUAGACUACCUCCCUCUACUAGACUACCUCCCUCUACUAGACUACCUCUACUAGACGACCUCCCUCUACUAGACUACCUCCCUCUACUAGACGACCUCCCUCUACUAGACUACCUCCCUCUACUAGACUACCUCCCUCUACUAGACUACCUCCCUCUACUAGACUACCUCCCUCUACUAGACUACCUCCCUCUACUAGACCACCUCUACUAGACUACCUCCCUCUACUAGACUACCUCCCUCUACUAGACUACCUCCCUCUACUAGACUACCUCCCUCUACUAGACUACCUCUACUAGACUACCUCCCUCUACUAGACUACCUCCCUCUACUAGACUACCUCCCUCUACUAGACUACCUCUACUAGACUACCUCCCUCUACUAGACUACCUCCCUCUACUAGACUACCUCCCUCUACUAGACUACCUCCCUCUACUAGACGACCUCCCUCUACUAGACUACCUCCCUCUACUAGACUACCUCCCUCUACUAGACUACCUCCCUCUACUAGACUACCUCCCUCUACUAGACUACCUCCCUCUACUAGACUACCUCCCUCUAGACUACCCCCUCUCUAGACUACCUCCCUCUACUAGACGACCUCUACUAGACUACCUCCCUCUACUAGACGACCUCCCUCUACUAGACUACAUCUCUCUACUAGACUACCUCUACUAGACGACCUCCCUCUACUAGACUACUCCACUGAUACCUCCCUCUACUAGACUACCUCCCUCUACUAGACUACCUCUACUAGACUACCUCCCUCUACUAGACUACCUCCCUCUACUAGACGACCUCCCUCUACUAGACUACCUCCCUCUACUAGACGACCUCCCUCUACUAGACUACCUCCCUCUACUAGACUACCUCCCUCUACUAGACUACCUCCCUCUACUAGACUACCUCCCUCUACUAGACGACCUCCCUCUACUAGACUACCUCCCUCUACUAGACUACCUCCCUCUACUAGACUAACCUCCCUCUACUAGACGACCUCCCUCUACUAGACUACCUCCCUCUACUAGACUACCUCUACUAGACUACCUCCCUCUACUAGAUACCUCUACUAGACUACCUCCCUAUACUAGACGACCUCCCUCUACUAGACGACCUCCCUCUACUAGACUACCUCCCUCUACUAGACUAUCUCCCUCUACUAGACUACCUCCCUCUACUAGACUACCUCCCUCUACUAGACUACCUCUACUAGACUACCUCCCUCUACUAGACUACCUCCCUCUACUAGACUACCUCCCUCUACUAGACUACCUCCCUCUACUAGACUACCUCUACUAGACUACCUCCCUCUACUAGACUACCUCCCUCUACUAGACUACCUCCCUCUACUAGACUACCUCCCUCUACUAGACUACCUCCCUCUACUAGACUACCUCCCUCUACUAGACUACCUCCCUCUACUAGACGACCUCCCUCUACUAGACUACCUCCCUACUAGACUAUCCUCCCUCUACUAGACUACCUCCCUCUACUAGACUACCUCCCUCUACUAGACUACCUCCCUCUACUAGACUACCUCCCUCUACUAGACUACCUCCCCUACUAGACUACCUCUACUAGACUACCUCCCUCUAUAGACUACCUCCCUCUACUAGACUACCUCCCUCUACUAGACUACCUCCCUCUACUAGACUACCUCCCUCUACUAGACUACCUCCCUCUACUAGACUACUUCCCUCUACUAGACUACCUCCCUCUACUAGACUACCUCCCUCUACUAGACUACCUCCCUCUACUAGACUACCUCUACUAGACUACCUCCCUCUACUAGACUACCUCCCUCUACUAGACUACCUCCCUCUACUAGACUACCUCCCUCUACUAGACUACCUCCCUCUACUAGACGACCUCCCUCUACUAGACUACCUCUACUAGACUACCUCCCUCUACUAGACUACCUCCCUCUACUAGACUACCUCCCUCUACUAGACUACCUCUACUAGACGACCUCCCUCUACUAGACUACCUCCCUCUACUAGACUACCUCCCUCUACUAGACUACCUCCCUCUACUAGACUACCUCUACUAGACUACCUCCCUCUACUAGACUACCUCUACUAGACUACCUCCCUCUACUAGACUACCUCCCUCUACUAGACUACCUCUACUAGACUACCUCUACUAGACUACCUCCCUCUACUAGACUACCUCCCUCUACUAGAACCUCUACUAGACUACUCUACUAGACACCUCCCUCUACUAGACUACCUCCCUCUACUAGACUACCUCUACUAGACUACCUCCCUCUACAGACUACCUCUACUACCUCCUCUACUAGACUACCUCCCUCUACUAGACGACCUCUACUAGGACUACCUCCCUCACUAGACUACCUCCCUCUACUAGACUACCUCCCUCGACUAGACUACCUCCCUCUACUAGACUACCUCCUCUACUAGACUACAUCCCUCUACUAGACCUAUACCUCCCUCUACUAGACUACUCUACUAGACUACCUCCCUCUAACUAGACCUCCCUCUACUAGACUACCU